AUGUCACUUGUAAAUCCAGAGUGGUACCAGACCAACACUGCAUGUGUCAACUGUCAGAAGAUAGUGGAGUGGUGUGUAUACAUGUACUAUAAUGGUGUGAGAGUCCUAGUAAUUCGCACUCCGCCUGGGUUUGUUGCGCUAGAUUCGGUGACAGCAACAAACAUUACAACUAAGAUUAAUAAGAUUUUGAUUUCUAUUGAUGCCAAAGUCGACUCACACCAAAUUGAAAUUAAUGGCAUUGCACAACUUCCCUCUAAAGAUUUGAAGAUCUAUACGACUCAAUGGCUUGGAAGCCCAAUAGAAAAAUGA